GGAACGGGGUCCUGCGGCAGGUCCUUCCGGGAGGGUGACAUUCAGCCGGCUAGUCGGCGCGACGGGCUUCCCGUCUUAGAAGCAUGGCCCAGUUUGUUCGUAACCUCGCGGAGAAGGCCCCGGCGCUGGUCAGCGGAACCAAUCCAGGGUACCACAGUGCAAUGAGUUGUCUAUCUCUCUAGUCUCCUGUGUGACAGUUUCCCAACCUUUCCUUGCCUUUCAUGACCUUGACAGUCUCAAGAUGUCUGUCUGCUGUGACUUACUCGAAGCCUCGAUUGGCCACAUUUUGGCACUAUGCCAAGGUUGAGCUGGUUCCUCCAACCCCUGCUGAGAUCCCUACAGCUAUUCAGAGCUUGAAAAAAAUUAUCAAUAGUGCUCAAACUGGUAGCUUCAAACAGCUUACAGUUAAGGAAGCUCUACUGAAUGGUUUGGUGGCCACUGAGGUGUGGAUGUGGUUUUAUGUUGGCGAGAUCAUAGGCAAGCGUGGCAUCAUUGGCUAUAAUGUUUGAAGACCAAUCUUUGCUGUUAUUUGGGUGUUCUUGGACCGUGUGUGAGCAGACUGCUAUUUGAAUAAAAUAAGACAAUGUGUCAAAAUCAGUGUUUUCUCUGUCAAGUAUUACAUGGAAGGUCACAAUUUCUCUUGAUAUUAAGUUGGGUUGUCUUUUGCUUUGAUACGUUAAUACAGCUCUAAGUGCAUGUCUUUGCUUAGCCUGCAAUUGGAAAGGAUAGAUAUGACUAUACCAACCUGGUACAUGUAUAUAUGAGGAUAGCAUUUUACUUUGAAGGCUUGAAAUAAAUGAUAUUUAAGCUUAAUUUUAGAAAAGUUGGGGAAAGGCUUUGAGAAAACAAGAACUUGUUCCAGUAGGAGAAAAAUAAUACCAUGUGCCAAACAUGGUAUAUACUAGUUAAAUCACCUAGUAUAAAGAAUACAAUUUGGACUGUUUUUCUUUGCUAAAAUCAGAGAAAGACCCCUUUGACAACAGCUGUGUCUGUAAAUGUAGGGGUACUUUUUGUCAAUUUGAAUAUAGCUUCCCCAGAAGAGGCCAGCCGGGUGAUAUUCUGUGUGUCUUUGUAAUAUCUUUAACAUUAGGACAGAGAAUGAAAGCAAUGACCUGUGUUUUCAAUCUAAUUUUGAUAUGUUAUUAAUCUUUAUUUUUUAAGGACCUAUCUUUACAAAAAUAAAAUAUCCUGUAGAU